UCACGGACGGCUGUUGAUUGGUUCGCAGCCGUAUCCGGUGGGGCAGCGGUCCAGGGCUCGGGAAAAAAUCGAAGCGAGGAGGAUCUGGUAACGGUGCGCUUUGAGAAAUAUCAUCCAUCCCGAGUUGCUAUCGAAGGGCUCGGCAAGAAUUUACAGCUCCUUGUAAAGGUUAGAGGUCACAGAACAGGGUUGCGGUUGUCGUCAUGGCAUCUGGAAGUGCAAGCAGUGAAGAGGAGCGGAGCCUGAGGGAGUGUGAGCAGUAUGUGCAGAAACACAACAUUCAGCAGCUGCUGAAGGAUUGUAUUGUUCAGCUGUGCACCUCCAGGCCAGACAGGCCCAUGGCCUUUCUCAGGGAGUACUUUGAAAGGCUGGAGAAGGAGGAAGCCAAGCAGAUUCAGAACCAGCAGAAGGCCAGCAGUUCCCGUUCAGACUCGCGCGAUGAGGAGGUGUCUCCACCCAUGAACCCUGUGGUAAAGGGUCGCAGGCGGAGAGGUGCCUUCAGUGCAGAGGUUUACACAGAGGAGGACGCAGCCUCAUAUGUCAGAAAGGUUAUUCCAAAAGACUACAAGACGAUGGCAGCCUUGGCCAAAGCUAUUGAAAAGAAUGUGCUCUUCUCACACCUGGAUGACAAUGAGAGGAGUGACAUAUUUGACGCAAUGUUUCCAGUCACUUACAUUGCUGGCGAAACGGUUAUUUUGCAGGGUGAUGAAGGCGACAAUUUCUAUGUUAUCGACCAAGGGGAGAUGGAUGUCUAUGUGAACAACGACUGGGUGACCAGCAUUGGAGAAGGUGGCAGUUUUGGAGAGUUGGCUCUGAUUUACGGCACUCCAAGAGCAGCCACCGUCAGAGCCAAGACUAAUGUCAAGCUGUGGGGCAUUGACAGAGACAGUUACAGAAGAAUACUUAUGGGAAGCACUCUGAGAAAGAGGAAGAUGUACGAGGAAUUCCUUCGGAAAGUCUCCAUUUUAGAGUCUCUUGACAAAUGGGAACGUUUGACAGUUGCUGAUGCUUUGGAGCCUGUCCAGUUUGAGGAUGGACAGAAGAUUGUUGUGCAGGGAGAGCCUGGAGAUGAGUUUUUCAUCAUCUUGGAGGGUUCUGCAGCUGUGUUGCAACGUCGUUCAGAGAAUGAGGAGUUUGUGGAAGUGGGGAGAUUAGGACCGUCAGACUACUUUGGUGAAAUUGCUCUGCUGAUGAACCGUCCCCGUGCUGCCACCGUGGUCGCCCGGGGGCCUCUGAAGUGUGUCAAGCUGGAUCGGCCCCGCUUUGAACGCGUCCUGGGCCCCUGUUCAGACAUUCUCAAACGUAACAUCCAACAGUACAACAGCUUUGUCUCACUGUCUGUCUGAACAGGGAGCUUCUCUCCCCACCCAUUUUCUCUCUCUCUUUCCUCUUAUCUCUCUCUCUUCACCUCUUUCCCUUCUCUCCUUUUAGACCCAGGGUCCACUAAUGCAAUUUGCUUUUGUCACUUUCUUAUUCUGUUGGCUUUUCUCCCCCUCCCCCUUUGUAUUACACACACACACACACACACAUCAUUUUGUUGUUACCACCCGUCACACAGAGGGGGCUUUUAGCCAUUCACCAGCGCUUGUACCAGCUGCCGUACGCUACCUUGUAGGCACAGUUGCAUCACGUUACCUAUGUUAUAUAUGUAUUUUGUGAUUACGCUUUUGUUUUUGAACUUGAACACCAAGCAGGAUUGUUGGGGGAUCAGAAAGACAUUAGGGUCUCAGGCUGACGAGACAGGACAAUCAAACUUUAAAUGGCGCUUUUGGUGAAUUUGUUAAGUUGUGGAGUGAAGUGAAGAGAGCUUCUUCCCUGGUUAGUUUCCCUUUCUGAUAUCAGUUAGCCUGAUUUAAAGCGGAACGUAGAUACUGUACACAGCAGGAAGAAUACGAUUGCAUCAACGUUUGUCAGGCGUUUUUAGGUUUCAGCUUUGGUAUGAUGCUCCAUUUAUUAUUUUUAUUACCUUUUGAUCAGUAUGAUGAGACAAUGAUGCUUUUGCUUAGUUUGAGAGAGCUUGUACAACUUAAGGUUUUUAUUUAAUUGUGCAGCUACCGGGCUAGUGCCAAAUGUUGAUUAUUGUCACAAAUGCAAAGAUGUAUAGCUGUGGAAAUGCAGUGCGUGAUCUCUUCCCUGAAUAUUUGGAGCUCCGAACAGGAAGUAGUUAUUACCCUUACUGUCCUCUUAAUCUGUAGAACGACAAUACAAGAACUGCCUUGACUACUCUGAGGAAAAAAAUAAAAAAGAAAAAAAAAAACAAAAAAAACAAAAGUAUUAAGUGUAUUUCAGUAUUCAACUUUUUUUAGUAUAUACCAAAUAACUUGGUCACUCUUCUGCUAUGGUUUGUAAUCAAAAUGUUAUAGUAUAGUUAAAAUGAUUAUAGUUCUAUUAUUAUUACUGACUAAACUUAUGGUUUGGAGUGAUGGUGAUCUUAAAAAUAUGUUUGUCUUUUGUAAACACUUAUUUUUCCAUAAAUUCUAUUUUAGGUGUCCAGUGCCACAAAGUAAAUAAAUGCUUCUUCUUGUCAACUGACAAAACAGUAUGUAAUUGUAUUGUGUAAAACAUCAUGGGUUGAAUCUUUUUAAAAUAGAUGAAAGUGGUAAUUACAGAACAGGUUUUGGGGACAUGUGAAGUGUUUAUGUAUUGAAGCUUCACAGGUGAGCUGAGAAUCAAUGAGCUGAAAUUUAUCUAAAACUAGUGUCAUUGCUUAUUGCCUAUUUGAAACGAUGGCUGUCUUUACAUCAGAGUAGCUUGUGAUCUGUUCUCUAUGUUUACUUGGCAUGAUGUUUUAGGCAUCCAGUGAUUCGGUGUGGAUGGAAGCGUAAAUUGAAAAAAAAAACUACCCUGCAGAAGCAGGAGCUCUCAGAUUUGAUUUGUUCCUCCUUUGCUUAACUGCUUCAUGACUAUUUAGAUGGCAUAAAGUGUAAGUCUGUUAUUUUCCUAUAAGUUAAUUUACCCGGUCACACAAUGUUGACUUCUGAAUUAUUGGCAUAAACUCUUCAUUCCUGCCUCACUGUCUGUUAGCAGAGCCAUUUUUCUGAUUUGUUCCAACAUUAAGGCGUGUUUGUGCGUCCAAAAACGUUUGAUUUUGGUGCCGAUUGCAAGGUAGACAGGUCAGUGAUGCAAGUUUUUGUGUAUUUUCUUUUCUAAGUUGAAGCACCUUCAUGUGCUCUCCCCAGCCCUCAGCUCAUUCCUGUGGAUGUGGGGUACAGGUGGAUCCACGUCAACUUGACAGCAGAUCCCAUUGAUCCUGAUCCACGGGAAACAAAUCCGUUAGGGGCGAGGGUUUCACUGACAUUUUGUUCAUGUGGAAACACCGUAAUCGGUUUUAGUCCAAACUGUUUUUAGCCACAUUGCAAUCGUCCCAGUUUGCCUUAGCUUACCUAACCAGGGCUUUCAGUAGGACUCCUGCUGGCCUGACCUUCAGUGAGUUUGUUAGGCCUGUGGCACUAGAGAGCUGCAGAUGAUCAGAGGACCAUUCUUUUUCUAUUCUACCGUGUAUUCAGUUUGAUCGCCUGUAUGUGCAAAGAUGUUUAUCCUUUUGGUAUAGAUUGUUCCAGAUGGCAGUUUAAGCAAUAAAAAGUAAAAACGA